AUGGCGACGACCGGACAGUCCUUUUACGAGCUCUAUCGCCGUAGCAGCAUCGGCAUGGCUCUGACGGACACCCUCGACGACCUGAUCAGCGAGCGUCGUAUCGAGCCCCAGCUUGCGAUGAAGAUCCUUGCGAACUUUGAUCGCAGCAUUACAGAAGUACUAGCGGACAAGGUGAAGGCGAGGUUGACGUUCAAGGGUCAUCUCGAUACCUACCGCUUUUGCGACGAGGUUUGGACCUUUCUUAUCAAAGACGUUACAUUCAAGAUGGACAACUCUAGCCAAACGGUGGUGGCGGAUAAAGUCAAGAUCGUGAGCUGCAACAGCAAGAGGCCGGGCGACCCUCAAUGA